AGUGUUAUCACAUGAAAAGCAACAUGAUAACGCCCGCCCCUCUGGAGGAGCGGAAAUCUGAUCAAACAUGCGACGGAGCUGAUCGAUUUGCUAACGGGACGCCUACAGUCAUCAACCCAUGUCAAUAAUACUGGGCCGACCCCAGGCCUCCGCUCAAAAACUAGAUUCCUCCUUCAAAUCUCAAGAUUAAAAGGCCUAGGGACACCCAAGAAAACUCAAAAAAGUGACCAGCAUCCUUGGAAAAGCAACGGCCUCACUGAGCCGCAGCAGCCAAGACAGAUAUGGCUUCUACUUGCAGCACCCCCAACAAUGCGGAUUUCCGCGAAAGACACAUCAAAGGGAGCUCCCCCAAAGGUCUUUCUCUUCUCAAUCUGCUGAAAAGGAGUGGCAACCAUCUACGCCGAUCCAGCAAAGAUGAGACCCGUCGAGGGUCAGAUACACCGUUUCAAGCUACGCCGACCGAGAAGAUGAGCCCCCCAGAGCACAUUGAUGCAGCAGGUCAAAUACCGGAUAAGACCGAGGCUGGGAAAUCACCCCCGGCAGCUAAUUUGACCAAGAAGCCGCCGGUCUCAAUACUGCGAAAGAGCAAUUCGCUCGACCUCGAUUCCAUCAUCUGGGAUGAUUCUUCAAGAGAUCGCCAGAACAUGCAAAGAUCGAUGAAUCUGGACGAUAUGAUCGCACGACUCCUCCAAGUUGGACAUUCAAAACCAUCGAAGAGCGUCUGUCUCAGCAAUGCGGAGAUCCUUGCUGUUUGCUCGAAUGCGCGCAACCUACUUCUCUCUCAACCGGUUCUCCUGGAGCUAAACGCACCGAUUCAGAUUGUCGGUGAUCUACAUGGGCAAUUCCCAGAUCUCGUUCGCCUAUUUGAUACGUGCGGACACCCACCCGCCACCAACUAUCUCUUCCUUGGAGACUAUGUUGACCGCGGCAAACAAAGUCUGGAGACGAUGCUGCUGCUCCUAUGCUACAAGCUAAAGUACCCAGAGAACUUUUUUGUCCUCCGAGGUAAUCACGAAUGUGCCAACAUCACCCGUAUCUACGGAUUCCACGAUGAAUGCAAGCGACGCUGUAACAUCAAAAUCUGGAAGACCUUUACCGAUGUCUUCAACUGUCUGCCUAUCGCUGCCAUCGUCGCAGAGAAGAUCUUUUGCGUUCACGGCGGUCUUUCGCCGAAUCUCACGAACAUGGACGAUAUUCGGAAAAUAUCGCGACCAGUCGAAGUACCCGAGUACGGACUUUUGAACGAUCUUCUUUGGAGCGACCCCGCCAACAUCAAGGAUUGGGGACCGAAUGAUGAUCGCGGGGUGAGUUGGUGUUUUGGAAAGGCACCGAUUGUGAAUUUCCUCAAACAUCACGAUUUGGACUUGGUUUGCCGGUCACAUAUGGUUGUGGAGGGCGGGUAUGAAUUCUUCGGAAACAAGUCAUUGGUGACGGUGUUUUCUGCACCAAAUUAUUGCGGAGAAUUCGACAAUUGCGGAGCUAGCAUGUCCGUGUCGGAAGACCUUUUGUGCAAUUUCAAUCUGUUGAAACCUUUUGACGCGAAGAAGUUGAACAAGCAAAUGAAGAGAGCAAAGGAGUCUACGACGACGGAGAAAGCAUUGCUGCGCCAAGUAUCAUGGACUUGAUCUCUAUCUGAGACUUACAUGAUCUAUGAGCAUCAUAUUUUAUCUGUGUAGAAUAGUCUGAUUACCUAGUUAACCGCUUGUUUUAAUAUGCCAACGGGAAAUGAAUAACGAAUUCUACUAUAUUGCCAGU